AUGGCUUCGAAUGUCCUCGAGAUACCUUUUCGGCGGACACACUCGGUCGACCUCUCCUCCGCCAUCAAACAGUACAUCUCCAGCAAAUAUGACCAGUCCCCGGGCAUGUUUACAGAUGAUCUUCGCGGAAUCGACGCCCUCCGAGCCGAUGCCAUCAACGUUCAAGAACCUCAUACCAGCGGCCUCAGGCGUCUUACGGCCUACGCUGCUCAACUACGAUACAUAGGAGGGAAGUUUCCGAUCGAUAUUGGCGUGGACUUUCCCUGGUACCCCGCCAUUGGAUAUGACAGGGACAAACCAAUUCUGCAGAACAAUAUCAGGUUCGAGCUCGCGAAUAUACUGUUCAACCUUGCUGCGCUAUACUCACAGUUGUCCACUCACACAAACUGGACGACCAUCGACGGGCUGAAACAAGCGGCGGAAUAUGGGAUCGCGGCGGCGGGAGUCUUCGCCUUCAUGCGAACAGAGAUCAUCCCUGACAUGCGCUCCACCCCUCCCGAAGAUAUGGAUGAUGUGACUCUGGACAGUCUGCAGAGUCUCUGUCUCGCCCAAGCACAAGAAUGUUUCUGGCAGAUUACCGUCAAGAAGAACAUGUCGGACGGGACGGUCUCUAAAUUGGCAGCUAAAGUGUCGGACUACUACAUCGCCGCAGCAGACGCGUCCCGCCAGUCAAGAGCAGUGAGUAGUGAGUGGAUACAUCACAUGCAAGCGAAGCACCACCAUUUCGCGGCCGCCGCUCAGUAUCGACAGUCAAGGUAUUGUCUACAGAACAAGCAGUACGGGGAAGAAAUCGCCCGCCUAAAAGACAGUAUAAACUGCGUCAACGAGGGACUUCAGGAAGCCAGAUGGGUCAAUGCGACCGUAGUGGGAGACUUGAACGGGUUAAAAACCAGAGUGCAAGAAGAUUUGAAACGAGCAGAAAAGGACAACGAUGUCAUCUACCUGCAAGCCGUCACACCAAAGUCGGAGCUGAGACUGCUUGACCGCACCAACAUGGUCGCACCGAAAACACCGGCAGAGGUCGCAAAUGGGAUCUCGCUCCUUGGAGAAGGACAACCAUUUGGGAAGCCUCUCUUUGAGAAACUCGUGCCCUAUGCUGUCCACCAGGCAGCCUCGAUAUAUGAAGAUCGUCGAGACCGCCUGGUCAACCAAUCAAUAAUUGCGGAUCUCGAGGCCAUGACUGCGAGGUUGCGCGAAGUCCUCCAGUCACUCGACUUGCCUGGAUCAUUACAAGCACUGGAAAAGCCUCUCGGUAUUCCCGGAAGUUUGGUCUCCAAGGCCGAAGAGCUUCGUCAACAAGAUGCCCUGUAUCGGAUAAAACGGUCGAUAGACGACACUACCAAACUCAAGACGAACGACGUGGCCAUCUACCAGGAAGGCGUGUCGCUUCUAGACGCAGAAAAGGCCGAAGACGACAGGGCUCGAUCAAAAUAUGGUACGGACCGAUGGAAUCGUCCUUCAUCUGAAGUCGCUCUGGCAAAGCUGUACCAAAGCUCAAAAGAGCUGCAGACGUAUCUAAACUCGGCGGCAGCAAGCGACAGCCUCGUACAAGCCAAACUCCGCGAAAACGAGCACAUUCUCAAAGUACUGAGUGGCACAAACCGUGACCUCGAGCGGUUCGUGCCUUCGUCUCGACAAGUCGAAAUGACGCCGGCGAUUGAGCAGGCCGCAUCCCGCCUCCGCACGUGUCUGAACGAGGUCUCUCGUUUGGAGACUCGGCGAAAGAAUCGCAUCAAUGCGCUGCGCGAAAAGGCUCAAGCAGACGACAUCGGUCCUGCCCUACUCACCGAGGCAGCCAGACUUGAACGUGAAUUCCCCAUGCAAAAGAUCGAACCCGGUCAAUUCGAAGGUCUGUUUGAUAGACGGCUCCAAACAUACGACUCGGAUCGUGACGUACUGGUGGUCGAGCAGGAAGAACAAGAUCAGAUAGUGGCGCGACUUCGAGAAGCGAACAAGGCCUUUCUGGAGGCGCGAAGAGGCGAUACCAGUACACGCGAUCGGCAGAAGGCUCUACAGGCUCUGGACACAGGAUACUCCAAAUACAAGGAGCUCAUUAGUAACCUCGAGACCGGUCGGAAGUUUUACAACGAUCUAGCUGGGCAUGUCACCCGGUUUAGAGAAAACUGCAAGGCACAAGUCAACGAACGACGUGUCGAAGCUAGUCAGCUGGAAGCCGAGCUCGCAGGACAAGACAUGGGAAGACUUAACCUGGAAGAAACAAGGCGUGAGUUGGCUGGACCGCAGACCAGGAGCCGUGGUCAAGUCGCCAGCAACCCACAGCAGCCACAACGGAAAAGGCAGGGGCAGGGGCACGAGGACGGGGCGGGAGCUGGACAAGAAGGCAUCAUAUCUGCGCCCAUACCAACAAGAAAUCAUCACCCACCUCCCCCUUCUGUGGAAGCAGCCGGAGUCAUGCCUUCGACUGCUCCUGUUUCCGUGAACGUCGCAGGUGGAAGUAUUGGUGGAGGAGGAGUAUGGACGCCAGAUAUAGGGAUCAGGUUUGGUGGUGGUGCCCCAGCGAAUCAGCCUGGACAAGCUGGGUAUCCUGUCCCUCGACGUGCCUAG